AUGCGCUUCGACGCUGGCGGAAAGAGGCAGUUCCCGGUGGGGCGUUUGUCGGAAGAGGAGGCGAAGGCGGUCGACCGGAUGGCCGCGGAUCUGCGCUCCGGCGCCGUGGUGGCCUUCCCCACCGAAACCUUCUAUGCACUGGGCGCCGAUCCACGCUCCGCUGCAGCGGUGUCCGAGGUAUUCCGCCUCAAGGGUCGCCCGGGAGACCGCCGGCUACCCUGGAUCGCCGCGAGCCGAGCGCAGGUAGAAGGCGUCUGCCAGUUGUCCGAAGCGGCGGCCGCCUUCGCGGAUCGCUACUGGCCCGGUCCCGUCACCCUGGUACUGCCGCUCCGUAGCCCUGGUGGGGAAGGGGUGGCGGUCCGGGUGAGCUCGCAUCCGCUGGCGCGGGCGCUGGCUGAAGCCCUCGGCCAUCCGGUGGUUUCGACGAGCGCCAAUCCGAGCGGCCGGCCGCCGGCGACUACUGCCUCCGAGGUCCGGGAGGCGUUUGCGGGCCGGAACGCGCAGAACCUCCGGAUCCUGGAUGGAGGACGGACCCCGGGCGGGGAACCCUCCGUCAUCGUCGAUCUGACGGGUGGGUCGCCCAGGAUCCUGAGAGGAAGGCUUUAA